UCCCUCCGUGCUGCUCCGCGCCACUCGUGGUCUCGACGCGCUCCCCUCCGUACGAAUCGGCACAGGCCGGCACCGCCCCGCCCGGAUCGGCCCAGUCCAGGCUUACCGUGCUCCAGUCACGCCGAGUCCUCGACUUCCAGCACUCCCUUCGGUUGUGUCCGGUCGUUCCCUAUCGCUUCCGGUCGUUCCCCGUCGUUUCCGGGCGUGAGCAAGUGUCCCUCCGCGUCGCGCGUGCGAGGGCUCCGCCGCCACCCUGUGGCUCCUCGAGACCAAGUCCUCGUCGACCAUGAAGAAGAAGAAAAAGAAGCCGACCAAACCGCCCACCCUGGCGGCCAGCACGAAGAAGCCCAAGCCCAAGCCCCCGAAGAAGAGCAAGUGCCCUAAAGUGAAGCGAAGGACCUUUGAGGAGAUGGAGCAGUACCUGGACUACAUCGGCGGGCCGGCGGGCGCGCUCGCGCUGACCGGGGCCGCGGCCGCCUCGGCGUACUACUUGGCCAGCAGGCCGACGCCGCGCGCGCCGCUCGUGCCCCUGGACACCCAGAGCGUCGAGCUGCCGGGCCCUGACAUGGUGCGAGUCUCCAAGUUCUACAAAGAGGCACGGGAGGGCAAGUUCGUCAGCUUCCUGCACUCGGACGCCAGGACGCUGUACGACACCUUCCGCCGCGGCGCCAAAGAGUCGAACAACGGUCCCUGCCUGGGCUGGCGGGAGACGCCCACCAAGCCUUACCAGUGGCUGCACUACAACGAGGCCCUCCUCCGGGCCAAGAACCUCGGCUCGGGCCUGGUGACCCUCGGCCUGGCGCCGGGCGCCAAGUCCUUCGUCGGCAUCUACUCCGUCAACUGCCCCGAGUGGGUGCUGACCGAGCAGGCCGCCUACACGUACUCCAUGGUGCUGGUGCCGCUGUAUGACACCCUGGGCCCCGACGCGACCGCCUUCAUCAUCAAGGAAGCCGAAAUCAGCGUGGUGGUGUGCGAGGACGACAACAAGGCCAACCUGCUGCUCGAGAAGGCGCCGCGGUGCCUCAAGAAGAUCGUCGUCAUCAAGGCCGUCAAGCCCGCCACCAUGACGCGCGCCAAGAACAGAUUCGUGGACAUCCUGACGCUGGACGACGUGGAGAAGAUGGGCGCCGCCAAGGGCCACCCCGAAGUGCCGCCCAGCAAAGACGACCUGUGCACGGUGUGCUACACGUCGGGGACCACGGGCAACCCCAAGGGCGUCAUGCUCUCGCACGAGAACGUGGUGGCGUCCAUGAGCGCCGUCAUGAUGCAGAUGGGUGACCAGCGCCCCAACGCCACCGACGUGCUCAUCUCGUACCUGCCGCUGGCCCACAUGCUGGAGCGGUGCUGCCAGAACGCCAUGUACUCGGCGGGCGGCGCCGUGGGCUUCUUCACCGGAGACAUGCACCGGCUGACGGACGACUUCAAAGCCCUGCGGCCAACCGUGAUGCCGGCCGUGCCCAGGGUGCUGAAUCGCAUCUACGACAAGGUGAUGGCGGAGGCGUCCAGCUCCUUCCUCAAGCGGCUCACGCUGUCGCUGGCGCUGUCGGCCAAGGAGGGCGAGAUCCGGCGCGGCAUCCUGCGCAACAACUCGUUCUGGGACGUGCUGGUGUUCCGCAAGGUGCAGGACGCCCUGGGCGGCCGCGUGCGCCUCAUGGUGGUGGGGUCGGCGCCCAUCUCGGGCUCCGUGCUGAGCUUCAUCCGAUGCGCGGCCGGCUGCCUCGUGAUGGAGGGCUACGGCCAGACCGAGUGCACCGCGCCCAUCACCCUCACCGUGCAGGGCGACCACGUGCCCGAGCACGUCGGCCCCCCCGUGGCCUGCUGCUGCGUCAAGCUGGUGGACGUGCCCGAGAUGGAGUACAUGGCGGCCAACGGGCAGGGCGAGGUCUGCGUCAAGGGCACCAACGUGUUCCAGGGCUACUUCAAGAACCCCGAGCAGACGGCCGAGGUCAAGGACAACCAGGGCUGGCACCACACGGGGGACAUCGGCAUGUGGCUGCCCAACGGCACGCUCAAGAUCAUCGACCGCAAGAAGCACAUCUUCAAGCUGAGCCAGGGCGAGUACAUCGUGCCGGACAAGAUCGAGAUGGUGUACGCGCGCAGCCAGUACGUGCACCAGGUGUUCGUGCACGGCGAGUCCCUCAAGUCGUGCGUGGUGGCCGUGGUGGUCCCCGACGUGGACGUCAUCAAGUGCUGGGCCACAGAAAACAACAUCGCGGGCACCCUGUCCGUGCUGUGCAACAACUCGCAGGUCAAGCAGCUCAUCCUGGAGGACAUGCUGUCCUGGGGCAGGGAGGCCGGGCUCAAGUAUUACGAACAGGUCAAGGACAUCUACCUGCAUCCGGACCCCUUCUCGGUCCAGAACCACCUGCUCACGCCGACCCUCAAGUCGAAGCGGCCGCAGCUCAAGGCGUACUUCAAGCCCCAGAUAGAGGACAUGUACGUCAAGCUGGCCUGAGCGGCCUGCACUGGGGGCGGACGGAAGCCCCUUGUUCCUAGACUGACGAGAUGAGGCGAGACGAGGCAAGCCGGCCGGUGGGGCUGGCCCUGGGGUUUGGCCCCAGGGGAGAUGAACUCGCCUGCAGUGCUCAAGCAGUGCCCGCCGGCUCUGGACCCGCCCGGCGAACCUUCAGCCCUUGGCGCGAUGCGGCGACGCGGCGACGCCAAGUCAAUGUGUGAUUGACACUCAGUGACCAUAAACAUUGUGCUGCGGACUGCGUAGACUACGCACUGGACAGCUGUGAAGAUAGGUCCAGGGCUGUCAUCCACAUGGACCUAUUGCUAAGAACUGCGGAAACCUAUUUUUAAAAAGUUCCACGCUCCGCAUGUUUUUGGCUUGUAAAGGUCUGUGUUUUAUAGGACCGUGAUAUCAACUGAUAUAAAAGCAAUAUUUGUGUGACAUCAAGCAGCCAUCAUUUAGAUAUUUGAGAUUAAAAUGUAUGGUUUUGGAUGAAAUUUUUAGUUGGAGGUAUAGAUCUCUAGAGACUUUUUACUAAGCGUGGUGAGCCCAGUCAAUUGUUUUUGAAAAUAUAUCAUGUUAAAAAGCACUGCACCUUUGAGGUACAUGUUUGACAGUUUGAGAUUAGGAGCAGGGUAUUUUUUUGGCUAAAACGCCCAUAACAAACUUUUGGGGCUCAAAGUUAGGGUUUAUUACAUUUCAGUUUUCCCGUGAUUUGUGCCUACUUCGAGUAGACAGAAUCCACAGAAAUAGUUGAAGCGUCAUACUUUCUGUUCCAACUUUGGCAGGUUUGUAUGACUUAGAAAGAAUUGCUCCCAAUUGUGCAAGAGCAAUUCACAUAAUAAAGAUAUAAAUACACAUACCUCCCUAUGGCAAAGUUUGAGUGGAUGUUUGAUGACUAGUGUCUCAUCACCACAUACGUAUGACCUCAUAAGUCAUAUUUACAAGUCUACCACAAAUUAUUAAAAAAAGCAACAACUGUAUUUUACUUGUAAAGCACUUAUCAGACAGUAGGAGCUCAUCAGUGCGAUUGAACAACUGGUUUACCCCAGCAAUGAUUCACUGUCGUAUUCAUGGAUUGCACCAUCAGUUUUUUUUGUCACUUCCCAUAAAUUUCUCUCUUUAAUAAAUUUGAGAUCAAUAUCAUAUUGCAGUUUACGGAUCCUGGACACAUGUAGUCUCAGUUUUCUACUAACUGAUUUCAUUUGGACAUUUCUUUACUGCAAGCAACAAAUCGUUGCACAGUUGAGUAAAGUAAAAUUCCUAGUAACUCUCCAUGGAAAAUAUUGUCACAUAAAAUUGCUUUAGUUUUGAACAGUUAAAGCAAUGUCUUUUUUGACAGACAAUAAUUUCUAUGGGAUAGGAAAAGCUCGUUAUUCUAAUUCUUCUACCUCUUAUGGACAUUUGUUUGAAAAAGUGAAGUGCCUUUUAGCUAUUCAAAUUACCAUUCAUACCAUAGAACUAUUGAGAGGGGACCAAUAUCAUACGAACUGAGGGAAAAGUGUGCUCCAGAAAAAGUUUCCAGUUACAUGAACUUAGUUGUUCAUAGUGCAUGACCCUCCAAUAGUAACUAUUUAAAAAAGAACAAUCCUAAUCAGUAGGUCAUGGUGCUUCUAGCUUAAAUCUUGUCAAUUGGUAGUGAUAGCCCAGUCAGCAAGAUGGUUACAAUUGUGUAGCCUAUUUCAAAAAUGUGCUCUGAAUAUGCAUCAAGUGAUUGCCAAUAAUGUGCAAUAGGUAGCACAUUUUCUUUGCUUGUACAAAAAAAACAAAAACAAAAAAAACCUGAGCUAUUUAAUGAGAAUUAUUAGUAACCAUUUAACCAGUUUUUCGGCACACACUUUACUCUUGGCACCACCUUGCAGGCUGGGAGAGCGAUUGAAGACAAAUCAACAACAAACCGUCCACAGGACAUGUAAUGUAUAACUGUCAAAAUGUGUUACAGGAAUACAUUCCCCCCUAAAUUCCAACAAUUAGCAGAUUCCUUUGAAAUGGCCAUCAAAUGUUAUGAAAAGAUGAUAAAUUGGAGAAAGUAACCAGCUAUAAAUAUUCCGGGAAUUUAGGCAGACGGCCGACCUUCACCUCAGUUGGGUUUGUUGAUGAGAGUGGACAGGGUAUAUGUAAAGUAUAGGUAGAGUUGUUACUUAGUUCUUUUUGUAUUUGCUCUCUUUCACUUUCUUGAACACACAAGAAAAAAUAGAAUCAAAAUAUAUCUAAUGUUUUCAAAUAAGGUCUGACAAGCUUUAUAGGAAAAUAUUUGUAAUAAAAAUGAAACCAAUAAAGGCAUUCAAUUGUACACA